UCCCAGGUUUUCACGGUCAAGAUGGCGGACAUCAUUGCCGAAUGAUCACAAACUUCUUAACUUCUUUUUGUGUGAAUGAUGUCCAGCGAAAUCGAUUCUGGUGACUUAGAUAGGCCAUCUGAAACUGAUAAAGUAGAAAAUGUAGGAGAAGAGUCCGAUUGUCCGCAAGAUCCGGCAACUGGUCCUCAGAAAGGAACAGAGGAUCCCAGUGCGAAAGAUUCUGUUGCAGAUAGUGGAGUCGCUCAUCAGGUUGAAAUUCUAACGGUGGGUCAGCAACCCGCCGAGGUUGAUAAACAAGCCUUUGUUCAAAAUGGAGUUCGAGACAGGGAUGGGUCAAGAUCAAGCCAUUUAGAGGACAAAUUAAUCGAUUCCGAACUUGAACGAGGCGCACCAAUGCAAGACCAGGAAGUUGCUGAGGUGGCUGAUCAAAAUCUUCAUCAAAAUAAAGACGACGUUGAUUCAAGGACAGCAAACUGUGGGGAUAAAUCAAAUGAUCGCGACAUUGAAAGGGACACUCCAAUGGAAUCAGAAGACAACUACAGUGGUGAAGUUAGGUACUCUGUAGUUCACUAUAACUUCAGUGAAGUUCCACAGCAAGUGACAGGAGCUUGGCAAGACUUUGACAUCUCAACUUCAAACUUUCUUAAGGGUUGCAAAUGGUCACCUGAUGGCUCAUGUUUACUGACAAACAGUGAUGAUAACAUCCUUAGAAUAUUUAAUCUUCCUGUGGAAUUAUACAGUGGGGUUGCUGUGCAAGGACUGUCGGAAAUGGUGUCAGCACUAAAGAUGCACGAGGGAGAGACCAUUUAUGAUUAUUGCUGGUAUCCCUUUAUGUCAUCGCUUGAUCCUGACUCAUGUUGUUUAUUGAGCACCAGUCGCGACCAUCCUAUCCACAUGUGGGACGCUUUCACUGGGACAAUAAGAUGCACUUACAGAACUUAUAACCACUUGGAUGAGCUGGUUGCUGCAAAUUGUGUGUCAUUUAACCUGGAUGGCAGUCAGAUCUACUGUGGUUUCAACAAGAUGGUCAGAGUUUUUGACACAGCUAGACCAGGCAGAGAUUUCCAGCAGAGACCAACAACAGUCAAAAAGGAAGGUCAGAAUGGAAUCAUUUCAAGUAUUGCAUUCAGUCAGGACAACUCUGGGAUGUAUGCUUUGGGCUCCUAUUCAAAAUCAGUUGGAGUCUACUCAGAUUCAGAUGGUGAGCUAAUUUUUCUCCUCCAAGGACAGCAGGGUGGGGUCACUCAUGUCAUGUUCUCCCCAGAUGGGACAAAGCUAUAUAGUGGCGGCAGAAAGGAUGAUGAAAUUAUAUGCUGGGAUGUGCGAAAUCCUGGAACAGUCCUGUACUGUAUGAUGCGCUCAGUGGACACCAACCAGAGGGUGUAUUUUGAUAUUGACAGGACUGGACAAUACAUAAUCUCUGGCAAUGCCGAUGGUUGUGUUUCCAUUUGGGAUUCUACACUUCCUCCUCUCAAUGACGACACAACAAAAGAAGCUACACUACAACCUGUCAUGAAGUUUGUGGCUCAUGGGGACUUUGUAAAUGGUGCCAGUUUCCACCCCAGCCUUCCUCUACUGGCCACAACCUCUGGGCAACGCCAGUUUGAAGAACCUGGGAAUGACAGUGAUGAUGAAAACACAAUGGACCAGGACAUAGUGGCACAAGUUGAUAAUUCACUUAGGAUCUGGGCAGCUGGCACAAGUGUAAAAUGAGAGCAACUCUGAGGCUGCUAAGAGUGAAUUAGGAGACUAAAAUGUACUUCAAGUUAAAAAUCUGUAACAAAAGUAACAGCAAGAAGUACAAGGCUGCUUAGAGACUGGCUCUUUCCUGUGUGAAAUUUACAGACAGCAGUGUUAAGCAAACUGUGACGACAGGUACACACAGAGGACCCAACAACUGGGAAAAGAUUGUCCUUUUUGGAAAUAUAUCCUCAGAUAUACUAUUAUGUAUAUAGCUUGUCCCACCGACAUCUCCAAAUAGUGCUUGCCAUACAACCACAGUGUAAGAGACUCCAGAAUGUAACCUCCAGCGUUUAGUUAUUAACAUUCAGGCAGCCAUUUACUGUGUAGUGUCACUCAGUUGACUUUCCCAGCAAGGGUUUCCUAACUCAUUAUUUUUCACAAAGUUUAGUACUGGGACUUGUAAAGUGAAGAUUCUUGUAACAGACACCAAUCGCUGGUUCCAGCAGACUGUGUUUGUUUGCAUGUUGAAACCAAUCAACUGCAAGUAUGACAACAGUACACCCAAGUUGAAAUUAGAGGACAGAGAAAACACGCUUGACUCAAUCAAUGUGAACAGCUCACUCUCUAUAAUAUGUGUAUCCUGGAAUUCCCUGAGCCAGCCUGUCUUCUAAUGAAAAUGUUUUGUGGUGCUUGGUUUAUGACUGCAUUGUGGCCAUUCAACUGUUAACUGAUGGUGGUUGCUGUCUGACAGUUGACAACCACUUUUUGGGUAGAGGUGGAGAGGGGGCUGUUCUUCCCUUUCAGUGACCUUUCAGUCCAAUAAAAUGAGCAAUAAAAUAUUAGAACUAUUUAUUAAUAGCAAAUUGUCUUAUGCAAGAAGUACAGUAUGUAGAAGGCCAGUGUGUGUUUUGAAACUAUUUGAAACAUAUAAUUAUAAUUUGUGAAUCUAAUGGAUGUAAAAUAAUAAAUUUGUCCCAAGUUAACCAUCACUAUCACAGCUCUUGUUUCAACUCCAUUGUCAACAUACAAAUUCUCCAUACAGGUUUCCAUUCACUUCUUAUUGUGCUAGUCUAGUUGAAAAAAAAAAAACGUUUUAAAUAAAAUAGUUUCUCGUCAUU